CCUCCUCGUUGUUAUACGGAUACUUUCUGACAGUCGCAGCAAUAAGCGACUGUUUCCAAACUCUUUCAUCUUCAUCUAUUUAAAUCCAUAAACAACCCAAUCUCUCAACUCUCAGUUCCUUUCUCUUCCACCCAGGAGAAAAAAAAAAAAAGAGAGAAGAAGCAAGCAACCAUGGCCUCCGUGGCCCUUACCCUUCUUUCACUCCUCUUCAUCUCCAUCACUUGCUCCACCACCAUUGCAAAACAAACCUACAUAGUUCACAUGAAACACCAUACCAAGCCUGAAGCUUUUGCCACCCAUCAAGAAUGGUACUCUGCUAGUCUCCAAUCCGUCACCACCACCACCUCCCCGUCUGACUCCCUUCUUUACUCCUAUAGUUCCGCAUUUCCAGGAUUUGCUGCUUCUCUUGAUCCUGAAGAAGCAGACUCUCUUAGAAAGUCUAAUGCUGUUCUUGAUGUCUACGAAGACACCGUAUACUCUCUCCAUACUACUCGUACUCCUGAAUUUCUUGGCCUCAACACUGACUUGGGAUUGCUCGGUGGACAUAACUCUUUAGACAUCGACCGAGCUUCUUAUAGUGUAGUUAUCGGAGUUCUCGAUACUGGGGUAUGGCCCGAGUCGAAGAGCUUCGACGACUCGGGCAUGCCUGAGAUCCCAUCUAAAUGGAAGGGAGAAUGUGAAUCGGGAUCAGAUUUCAGUCCUAAACUCUGCAAUAAGAAGUUAAUCGGAGCCCGUUUUUUCUCAAAAGGGUACCGUAUGGCAUCCGCUGGGAGUUACUUGAAGAAAUCAAAGGAGAUCGAGUCACCCCGAGACCAAGAAGGCCACGGAACACACACUGCCAGCACAGCCGCCGGUUCCCAAGUUGUUAACGCUAGUUUACUCGGUUAUGCAAGUGGAAAUGCUCGUGGAAUGGCCACGCACGCGCGUGUUUCCAGUUAUAAGGUAUGUUGGAGCACUGGUUGUUAUGCGUCUGAUAUACUUGCAGGAAUGGAUAAAGCUAUUGCAGACGGUGUAGAUGUGCUUUCUCUUUCUCUUGGUGGUGGAUCCGCACCAUAUUAUCGCGACACUAUAGCAGUUGGAGCUUUCGCUGCAGUGGAGAGAGGCAUUUUUGUUUCUUGUUCUGCUGGUAACAGUGGGCCAUCUAAAGCAACUUUAGCUAACGUUGCUCCUUGGAUCAUGACCGUUGGAGCCGGUACUUUGGAUAGAGACUUUCCAGCUUACGCAGUACUGGGUAACCAAAACCGCUUCACUGGUGUCUCUCUUUAUAGUGGAACAGGAAUGGGGAAUAAACCGGUGGGUUUGGUUUAUAAUAAGGGUAACAGUUCAAGCAAUUUGUGUUUGCCCGGUUCACUCGUACCGAGUAUAGUACGUGGGAAAGUGGUGGUUUGUGAUAGAGGAAUAAACCCACGUGUUGAAAAGGGUGCAGUUGUACGUGAUGCUGGUGGGAUUGGUAUGAUAUUGGCUAACACGGCGGCGAGUGGGGAGGAAUUGGUGGCGGAUAGUCACUUGUUACCGGCUGUGGCGGUGGGGAGCAAAGCUGGUGAUAUGAUUAGAGAAUAUAUGAAGGGUAGUCGAAACCCAACGGCUUUGUUGAGUUUUGGUGGGACAGUGUUGAAUGUACGGCCAUCACCGGUGGUUGCUGCUUUUAGUUCAAGAGGUCCUAAUAUGGUUACACCACAAAUCUUGAAACCGGAUCUAAUUGGUCCUGGAGUCAAUAUCUUGGCAGCUUGGUCAGAAGCUGUCGGACCCACUGGUCUUGAGAAGGACACUAGGAAAACUCAGUUCAACAUUAUGUCAGGAACAUCAAUGUCUUGCCCACACAUCAGUGGAGUAGCUGCAUUGCUAAAGGCAGCACGCCCAGGCUGGAGCCCAAGUGCAAUCAAGUCAGCCCUCAUGACCACUGCAUAUGUUGUGGACAACACCCACGCUCCCUUGCGUGAUGCCGGUAGUACUACUAUUCCUGGUACAUUGUCCAAUCCAUGGGCUCAUGGUUCGGGUCAUGUCGACCCACAUAAGGCAAUGUCCCCAGGCCUUGUAUAUGAUGUCUCAACAGAAGAUUAUGUAGCAUUCUUGUGCUCACUCGGUUACACCAUUGAUCACGUACAACUCAUUGUCAAGAGGCCUAAUGUUACUUGUGCAAGGAAAUUCAGUGACCCUGGUGAGCUCAAUUACCCAUCAUUCUCGGUGGUUUUUGGGAACAAAAGGGUCGUAAGGUAUACUCGAGAAUUGACUAAUGUAGGGGAGGCAGGGUCCAUUUAUGAAGUGGAGGUGACUGCACCCUCUACAGUGGGGGUAUCAGUGAAGCCUACAAAGCUUGUGUUCAGAAAUGUAGGAGAUAAGCUUAGGUAUACCGUAACUUUUGUGGCAAAGAAAGGUAUAAGGAAGGCGGCAAGAAAUGGAUUUGGUUCAAUAGUUUGGAGAAAUGCUGAACACCAAGUUAGAAGCCCAGUUGCCUUUGCUUGGACGCAGCUGUUGUGAGAUCUCUUCGUUUGUUGAAAAUGGGUUUUCUCUUGUUGGGCCUCUGCACCGACUUUAUUAAAGAAAAGGAAGCGACGGAAAAGGAACUGAUACAAGUGAGUUUGGAGAUAUGUUGUGGGUUUUGGCAUUUUUGCCAUUAGAAAAAUUAGAGAAUGAUAGGGCAGAUUAAGGCUUCUAAGCUUUCAAAUUGUUUUGUGUGCUUCCAAAGCUAAUUUAUUUGAUAGAAUUGCAUACGGAUGGGUCUUUCAGCAUUAUUAGGAUCUGAAUUUCAAUAUGUUAUUAUGAGCAGGUGGAUUUGAGUUAUUGCCCGGACUCAAUGGAGCACCAAAUCCUUGAUUUUGUAUCCUUUUCUUUUUCCCCAUUAGAAAUAUUAAAAAAGGAUUGGGCUUUUGA